CAUGUCAGAUCUGUAUGCCUCUGUUUGCUUUUCACGCUGUCGCCUUUCUGCUUCGUCUCCAUCAUGCCACUGUCUGUUGCCCUAGAUCAUCCCGGCGUUCAUCCCCAAACAUUGAUCGGAAAAGUUCUAAUUCGGGCUCGACGUUCGCCUCUACAUCCAACUCUUACUCUUGAUUUUCGUGAUAACACCGCCUUCCAAAUCCUCGUCGAUGGGUAUAACCCGGCCCACCCUGGCCUGCCGAAGCAACUCGAAUUUGACCCUCUAUUUGACAAUAUUCUUGCUAAAGGUGAAGCCUUGGACCUGACUGUUGUCGAUUGCGCCUUCGUCACUUUGUCAGACAAGGCUUUCGAGCGGAAACUCAAUCCUGACGGCGAUCGGCGCCUGCAGGAUGAUCUAAGAUGGGAUCAAAAACAUCUCGGACUCGCUUUUAAAUUCUCUGAAGAGAAACCCCGGUGGCAUUGUGUUUGGGCAAUGCUUGAGGACCACGAUAAAGAACAGGGGACGUGUAUAUUCCGUAGCUAUGGGGACGUUUAUCUUCAACGUCUGCACCGCUCCCCGCGAAAGCCCAGGAAAAGACUAAGCCUGGCAUAAUUCUUCCCAGGUGACGGAACCUGAUACAGUACCGGCCUAUGCAUCUUCCCUAUCCCCUUACAGACCUACAUUUGCAUACCCACACUGACUGUAUUUCUUGCAUCGACUCUUGUGUUGUAACUUGUCAUACUACUAGCUACCGCUGCCGCUGUGUUGUUAGCAUCUAUCUUUUGCUUUGUCAUAUUCACUAUCUGUAUUUAUACUUCAUCUCUAUUUCCGGUGUCAAGCUAGAUGAGAAUCUAUAUCUGAUUUGGUCGUUGGGCGACUUUGCGCUGGAACCAAAUGUCGCAGCACGUCUGGGUGGCGACCAUACCUAUCUGUUUUUCUCCUUG